AUGAUGCAAUCUUUAAAUUUAGAAACAAAUGCAGACAAAUUCUUGUUGUUGUGUUUGAUAACACUGUGUUGCUGGGUUCUACUUGCAGAAUUUGAUCAACUUAUAAAAAAUUGCUUAGUUGUCCUUUUGGUUUCAAAACUAUAUAAGCUUGAUGAGCGUAUUAACAAGGAUGUUGAUGCAUAUUUUAAUAGCAUAUUUUCAAUGUCUAUUCCUAUUAAAAAACUAGUUUGCUUUUUUAUAAUCGUAUAAAAGAAAAUAUGCCAUAUAAUUCUUCUCAAUUAGCUGUAUUGUGAAAGUGUAUGGCGCUUCAUUGAAUUAGCUUUCUGGUCUGAAAAGAUGCAGUUUGUAACAAUUUUAUGCAAUGGCUUUGCUUCACACUAUUUUAUGCAAGGUUUCUUAGAAGGUAAAUUCUGGGUACCUUUCUUGGUUCCUUUACUUUGCUUAGGAUGGAAUAUCUACUUGGUACUACAAUCAAACUUUUUGUCAAGUAUUUUAUGGCCAGCAGUUAUACUUGUUUUCUUAUUUCUAUUUUGCUAUGCAAUUAUAGCCUACUUCUUAAAUUUCACUUAUACCUUUUAGACUACCUAUAUGAGCGACAUUGCUGCUUAUAUUGAAUAGCUUGGAAGUUUCCAUUUAGCUGUUUAGGUUCUUAAAAUAUUCAGUGCUGGCUAAUUUAGUUUACAAUUAAUAGGGGGACCUUGCAUGACUAUAAUUUGUGUCAACUUUACUGUUGGUGCUUGCCAUUAUCCUGAAUAGUUUUUCAUUAAAUCACUUGCCUAAAGUUAUUAGCAAGAUGAUUGUGCAAUCUGUCUAGAUAAGCUUGAUUAAAAACCAGCAAUCACGAUAACUCUGACAGGAUGUUUCCACUUUUUCCAUGUUGAUUGUCUAGAUAGUUGGACAUCUUAAAAGAAAAAGACUUGUCCUCUAUGUAGAACUUUUAUAGAAGACGAUGACGAUGAUAAUUGCUGUAACACUGGAAAUCAAAAUAACUCUUAAUAAUAUACAAAUAGCAAUAGCAUAGUCCACCACCAAAACAAUAAUUAAUUACAAAACCCAUCAAUUUAAGAUUAAAAUAGUGAAAUUUAAAGCAAUUAAUUAGCUGUAUCUUAGUGA